GAGUACGAGGACCGAGAACUGCGGAUAGCACGAGAAAGAGACCGCAAGCGUUUGGAGUUCAACAACCAACUCCAGCGAAUUAACAAUCAACUGGAAUACGAGAAGUCGCGUGACACUCAGGCCAAUGUUCACCGGUGGGAAGAGACAGUUACCGGCGAGCGCUCCGAGAUGGAGCGUUGCAAGAAGCAGGAGAAGCGAUUGAAGGAGGAGAUGGAAGUGGAGGAAGCCCGCAAGACUGAUAUGGAGGGAAAACUCACUGAAUUUCAGCAGAAGAACGAACAACUGGAGGGUGAGCUGGGUGAACUUCGUCGGCGCCUGGUCUCUCGUCAACGUGAGGUUCAGAAACAACAGAAGGAGCUCAACCAGAUUGAAAACCGGCUAGAAAAUAAACGCUCAGAGCGUCACUCUUUGCUGCAGUCAGCUAAGAUGGACGAUCUUCAGCUGCCGCUUAAGGCCGGAGCCAGUGCGAUGCCGGAGUUGGAAAGUCAGCUGGUUGCUGAAAGUGAGGGUGCCGACCUCAACUCAGAGGAGAUGAUGCGUCUGUAUGAGAUGGAGGCUAAACUGCCACUCGACUAUAAACAACUCGAGAAACCCCUCCGCAUGAUUGCUGAUGAAAAGGAGGUCAGCCGAAAAAUUGACGAGAUGCAGAAUGACAUUGACCGGAUGGCAAACAACCUGGCCAGAAUUCAGGCGCCUAAUCUGCGGGCCAGUGCCAAGCUGGGAAACGUUGAGCAGCGCCUACGUUCAACUGAAGCCGAAUUCGAGGAGACUCGACGAAAGGCCAAACGCGCAAGGGCCCAGUUUGAGCGCAUUCGCCGACUGCGCUACAAUGCCUUCAUGAAUUGUUUCAACUCCAUCGCAGACAACAUUGACCCCCUCUAUAAGAGUCUCUCGCGUAACCCGGGUGCACAGGUUAGUUUCUAUGUUUCUGGAUUGUGCUUGAGACACCAGCAGUAA